CUAACAGUUAUCAAAAUGAAAGAUUAAAAGUUCAUCUUUUCUCAUAUCUCAAACUCCCUUCACCUUCUUCCCCAACUAGAACUCACUCAAAACGACGAGUGCCAAUGCAGAGGGAAUUUUAACGCUGAUGGAGUCUGAAAAGAACCUUCAUCUCUUGGACCAUCUCUUGGAGAGAGAGCGUGUAAGGGACUUAAGGAAUUCAAUCACAACAAUCAGAUGUAUGAUUUCUACGAGAGUGUCGAGCGACACCAUCAGGGUGUUGAUCGACACCAUACGGGCAACAGGCCGAUGACUCUUGGUGACUACAACAGGCUCGACUUGUUCUAUGAGAAUCGACGUGCAAUUAGACCCCCUGCGUUUGAAAGAAGCGACGAUUUAGGUCUCCAACCUGCAUUCUAUACUCUUGUGAGUCAGCACCCGUUUCACGGUCUUCCACAUGAACAACCAAUGGAUCACAUCGAGAGGUUUGAAGAUUUGGUUUCAAUCAUCAAGGCACGGGUUGUUUCAGAGGACUAUCUACAUCACAAGCUUUUCUCAUACUCUCUUGUUGGGGAAGCAGCUUCUUGGCUUAAGGAGUUGAUUCCAGGAUCUUUGACAACUUGGCAGCAGACAAAGAUGGCUUUUCUGAGAAAUUUCACCAAGAACUACGGUUCUUCUCCUUACCAAGCCCUCCCUCCACCCACUUCUGUGAGUAAGAUAGAAUCCAUGCUGGGACAGAUUCAGGAGAGUUUGGAGAGAACCUUAGAGCGAUUCCCAAGGAUUGAGAACAAUCUCACAACUGCUAGCCACGAUGUUUUGAUGGAAAGUGAAGAUGAGUUCGCUGAAAUUGAGGAGAAUGAUGCUGAUUUUCUGCCUAAGAAGUCCGAGCAGGAUACGGGAACAGCAAUGCAGAUGGAAGCUGGAAUGGCUUUUCAGUACAUUACCUUUGAUGAUAACUGUAAGCUCGAAGUUCCACUUCAAAGAUAUGUCGAGAAGAUGAUUACUAAAGGUGUCAGUGUUGAGGACGCAAGCUUGCUUACCAAAGACAUCAGUGCUAUCUUGGUGUAUGAGGAUCCAGAGAAGAAGCCGAACAUGAGGCAGUCAGUGGCUAUCUCCAAAUUAGUCAAUGCCAUGAUUCAGUGUAGCAUCCCAGAGAAGUUACCUGAUCCAGGAAGCUUUGUGCUAGAUUGCAACAUAUCCACCAUUGAUGGUCAAGCGUUUUCUGUAAAGACUUCCAAAGACAUUACUGCUGGAUAUGUCAAAGAGUUGGAUUCUAUUGAGAAAGAAAACGGAGUAGACCACCCAUACCUCUGUCCUGCCCUGCUGAUGUUCCGCACUUCCUAGGUUUGUGUGCGACGAAUUUUCGAUUCUAUUUUAGCUGGAAUUCGCCAAAUCCAUUCUAUGAAAUGAUUUCCACUAUAUUCUAUUCUAUAUGAGUGUGGUCUUUUAUGUACGUUGUUUUUGUAAACAAAAGUCGAGACUUUUU